UUCGUACACCGGUUGUUUCUCAACACAACACCAACUAACGGUUGUGCCGAUGGCUGAGGGAGGACAAUCAAGCUCUCCUCCUCCUAAUUGGAGCUCCAAGAUCUUGUGCAGGUAUUUCCUACAUGGGGUUUGUCGUCAAGGUGAUGGCUGUCCAUAUUCUCAUGAUAAAUCCAGUAAACUAUCCAUGGUCUGUACAUUUUAUCAAAAAGGACAAUGUACUUAUGGAGACGGAUGUAGAUAUGACCAUGUAAAAUUAAACCCCAAAAUUUCGGACUCUAAAGGUGUACAUAUCCUGCCUACAGUUUCAGCUAAAAACUCAGCAGUCAGUAGUAAUAUGGUCACAUUGAAGAAAGGAGGGGAGACAACUCCAAAACCAACCAAAUCCCCAAUGACACCUAAACCAGAAGAUUGGGUGAAAGCCAAGGAAUUUGUACCAGGUCAACGUUACACAUGCUCAACAGUUCCCGCCUCCUAUGCAGCAGCUGUAGAACCUACAACAGAAUCAUCUAGUCCAUGUAUUGUUAAAGGAAGUAAAGACUUACUCUGCCCCUUCCUUGCCCAAGGUCAUUGUCCAUACGAGGAGGAGUGUGAAUAUCUCCAUGGAAACAUCUGUGAUAUGUGUGGACUAGCAAUGCUUCAUCCUGAAAACAAGUCCCAGAGAGAAGACCAUCAAAAAGAAUGUAUAAAACAACAUGAACAGGCCAUGGAAUUAUCUUUUGCUGUAGCCAGAAGUAAAGACAAGUGCUGUGGAAUAUGUAUGGAACAUAUCUUAGAAAAGGAUAAUCACCAAGAAAGAAGAUUUGGUAUAAUGUCAAACUGUAAUCAUAUCUUCUGUUUGCCAUGUAUACGUAAAUGGAGAGGGGCAAAACAGUUUGAUAACCAAAUAGUCAGAGCGUGUCCAGAAUGUAGAGUCCAGUCAGAUUUCGUCACACCAAGCAUGUACUGGGUAGAUACAGAUGAAGAAAAACAGAAACUAAUAUCUGGUUAUAAAAAAGCAUUAGGUAAUAAACCAUGCAAGUAUUUCAAGGAAGGCAAGGGAGAAUGUCCAUUUUAUGACAAGUGUUUCUAUCGUCAUGCUCAUCCUGAUGGAACAAUAGCAGAUCCAAAACCUCGACCCAGACGAAGACGACAAGAUGCAGAGGGAGCAUUAGACAUUAUAGAAAGAAUUAAUUUGUGGGACUUUUUAGAAGAAAGACAGAAUAGAGUUUUCUUGCUUGAUUUAGAAGAAGAAUUAGACAAUUUAAUUUUGAAUUUAGUGCUAGGUGGACGCGAUAGUGAUAGUGACAGUGAUUUUGAUGGCUUUUGGUGAUGAAUGUUGUUUUCUAGAAUUAUAUAUAAAUUAAUGAAUUACCUCCCCCUUAGUAGAAAUUUUUCAUAAUCUUAACAAUUAUACUAAACUAGGUAAUAUGAUAUAUAGUUUCUUGUAUAUCUAGCAUCCUAUCAAGUCAUGAAUUUAGGUGUAAAGUGAUGUUGCUUAAUGAAAGAAAUGGUAAAGAGCAAAAUUAUACAUUGUUUCUUUGUGAGAUAGCACAGCCCUAACUUAAAUAUAUGUUAGUUGGAUUUUUAUUUACUGUGUUUGACUUGCUGCCUAGAAACUUGAUAAAACCAAUAAAAAAAAACAAGAAUAAAAUGCAUGCAAAUAUAUUCUAGAUACAUGUUAUGAAAUUCUUAUAAGCAUAUAUUUUUAGGUAUUUUGCUUCUUUUUUUUUUUAAGUGUUUGAGAUUUGACACUUCAUCUGUUGCUUAGUAAGACUAUAACACAAACAUGAAAAUAAUGAGAUGCAGUAUGAUUGCAAAUGCAAAGAUUAUCCACCAGAGACUAAAAUGCACUGUAGCACUUUCAACAAUAAGCAAAACCAAUACCAUAUAGCAAGUUGUCAAAUGUUUGGAAUAUCCUCUAGGAAGAAUGCCUAUGGUGUUCUUUGACUUCCCAAAUACAUAAUGAUAUCUGUCUUUUUUUUACAUCCUGUGUAGAUGGCCUUUAUGUUGGUUGUAUUGACAUAUUUCACAGAGGACACUCUAUACAAAAUCAAAGUUAAGGCACACCAGAGACAUUAAGACACAUCUCAUAGAGGAGACAGUCUACAAAGUGUGCAAAGUGAAUGUCAUUAAAUUUUUUUAUGAAACCACGAUGUAGAAACUGGUGUAUUUAAAAGUGAUCAUAUAUUGGUAUUAUCUUAAACCUCAGUUAUAGCGUUUAAAAAGCAAUAUAUAAAAUGAAAGGAUUUUUUUUUACUCAAAUUGUUUUUACUUAGACCUUCAACAAAAAGUGUAAACAGAUUAAUCAGAUGUGCUUUUUGUGAUUGUUUUUUAAUUUCCAGCAUGCAAGGCUGGAAAAAAAAAAAACAACGACAAUACAAACAUGAAUAGGUGUAAACAGAUAUUGAAAUAUAACCCUUACUAGUAUCUUUAAAGCAUCAUUUAUAUUUUUUUGAUGUACUAAUUUGUCUUAAUCUGAAUGAUGUAAAACCAUGAAUAUAUAUGUAUGUACCUGAUACAAUUUCAUUUUCUUACAUAUAAAUAUUAUAUGCAAAAUUUAAAACCACAUUAGGUUGAUGAUAUCUUUAAAAAAAAGACAUGGAAAAAAACGAAUUUCUGUUAAAUAAAUCUUAUAUAAUCUUUUAUUUACUUCUUAAUAAAUUACGGAAAUAUGCAUAUUUUUUUUGCAUAUUGAAUUUCUGUUAAAUAAAUCUUAUAUAAUCUUUUAUUUACUUCUUAAUAAAUUACUGAAAUAUGCACUUUUUUUAAUACUUUUUCAAUACUAUAUGUGCUUGGUAGGGCUUAUAUUUGCCAGUUAUAAGAUAUACAUGUAUAAAUCUAACAGAAAUAGCUUUAUUGAUUUGCAUUUAUAUUGUUUAUAAGAGAGAAAUGUUUGAUAAUGGGUUGAUAAAUUUUAACAACAAGUCUUAGUUACUGUCUUUUGUGAAAAUAAGAUUUUUAAGAAGCAAGGUGUACACUCAAAAUCAAGUCUUGGUAAUAACUAGAACAGAGGUAUAGAUCAUUGUGAAGAUGGAUAUACACAAAAAGGUACCAAAACUAUGGCAGAUCAGAGGUAUUAUAAGGCACAAGGAGACAUACACAGCCAAAUUCAC